UUUACCCGAUUUUUACAAUAAAUUGUGAAAACUUUUACAACUUUUCGCUUCGUGCACUUACAACAUCAAAUUUUACAAUAUAAAAUCGAUAAUUAAUCAAAUUCGUUUUAAGUGAUAUUUUUUCAAUAAUUUUACACAAUGGCAUCUAGAGCAAUAUUACGUAGAGUGGUUCAAUUAAGUCGGAGACUCCAACUUCAAAGGAGUAUUAAUCAAAGGAGUAUGAUGACACUGUCUUACUUGGGCAAGAAAAAUGUAGGGCCAGAGCAGAGUUACAGCCAGCUGAAAACAUUUUGUACCAAACCAGCUGGGGAUGGGAUGGUUAUUAAUAUACAGGGAGAAGAUGACUUUAAAGAGAGAGUCAUCAACAGUCCUCUUCCUGUAGUGGUGGACUUCCAUGCAAGUUGGUGUGGUCCUUGUAAGCUGUUAGGGCCAAGAUUAGAAUCUUUGGUAGGAAGUAAAAAAGGAAAAGUUGUGUUGGCCAAAUUGGAUGUUGAUGAUCAUGAAGAAAUUUGUAUAAAGUAUCAGAUUAAUUCUGUACCAACUGUGAUUGGAUUUAAGAAUCAACAAAGACAAGAAAAAUUUAUAGGGCUUCAAGAUGACGAUGUGAUUGAAACGUUUCUAGACAAAUUAAUUGGUUAAUGUCAUCUUUCAGAAAUAUUACUAAGAAAAGUUAUUAUUUUAUCUUUCGAAUGACAUUUGAUUUGAUUCACUGGUUGCAAGAAAAAAAUGUCCACUGAUCAAUUGAAGUCA